AUGUCCAACAUCUCUGAGUGGACGGAGGACAAGAACCUCUCAUUUGUGGGCGAUCUGGAACACUGCGCCACCUUGAGGACCCCAAGCACCCGUGCCACCCUUUAUGCGUUCGUAAUCCUUGGCAUCUUCUGCACGAUGGCUGGCAACUUGCUGUUGGUUCUGGCCAUCGCCUUCCAAACCAACUCCUUCGUCAUGUCGCUAGCAGUGGCCGACUUCCUGGUGGGCCUGGUGGUUAUGCCUUACAUGGUGCUCACGGUUGAAGGUUGCUGGCACUUCGGUGCCACCUUCUUCCAGCUGCAAUGCAGCCUGGACAUCAUGCUGUGCGCCGCCUCCAUCCUCCACCUGAGCGGCGUGGCCUUCGACCGCUACUGUGCCGUCUGCAACCCACCGCUUUACUCCUUCAAGAUGUCCCACGGGCGUGCGGGCCUGCUGAUCACGCUGUGCCGGGCAGUGCCCCUCAUCGUCUCCUUUGGGCCUAUUCUCCUGAGCCUGCACAAGCUCGGGGUGGACGUCGCCCUGCAGAACUCGUGCAUCCUCCUGGUGAACUGCGUCUACGCCGUCACGGCCUCUCUGGUGGUGUUCUACCUGCCUGUGGUCACCGUGCUGGUGGCCCACUGUAAGAUCUACAGAGCAGCCAGGCGGCAGGCGGUGCUGAUAAGCGCCGUGGAGGCACAGGUGUUCACCAGGCUGGGCGAGGACUCCGGAAAGAAGCGGAACCACCGCAACUCCAUGAGGAGGCAGAGGAAGGGCCUGGGCAUCAUCAUGGGUGUUUUCGUGCUCCUCUGGCUGCCCUUCUUCACCACAAACAUCACGGACCCCUUCAUCGAGGACAGCACAGCCAGUGCCAUGUGGGAUGUGUUCCUCUGGCUAGGCUACAGGUCCUUCCAGAGGGCAUUCCUCAUGAUCGUGGGCUGCAGGAUAUGUGUGCCUGGGUCAGCACCUGGCAUGGACCUCUCUCAGUCCAGGAAGAACACCAAUGAACACUUGGAGAACCAGUAG